UCUGUGAUAGUGUUGCGGUCGAUCUGUGUGUGAUUUAACUUUUACUUUCGUUCUUUCGUUCAGGUAUUGGAGGAUACGCAUAGUUACGAAGAGGUCGAUUAAGAAAUUUUGGAAAAAAUAGGAUUACAGACUCCUUGUUUGUGUAAACAUGGAGACCUCAGAGAUAGCGGAGUGGUACAGAAACCAACACGUCUUCGUUACUGGAGCGACUGGAUUUAUGGGAAAGAUUCUUAUAGAAAAAAUACUCAGAUCAUGCCCAGACGUAGCUGCAGUUUAUAUUUUAAUUCGGCCUAAAAAAGGAAAAGAAGCAGCGCAGAGACUGGAAGACUUCUUCAGUUGUCCGAUAUUUGAAAAUCUUAAGAAAUCCGCAACAGGCAAAGAUUCUUUACAAAAAUUAAAAUGUAUAGAUGGGGACAUCACAAAGGAACAUUGUGGAAUCUCAGACGAAAAUAUAGCUUUCUUACAAAACACGAUAACCAGCGUAUUCCAUAUGGCCGCCAACGUUAGAUUCGAUCAACCAGUAAAAAGUGCGGUACUUUUAAAUACAGGAGGAACUUUAAACGUUCUAGAACUGGCGUGUAAAUUGGAAAACUUAAAAGUCUUCAUGCACGUAUCAACCUCUUAUUGCCAUUGUGAUGUUACUGAGCUAGAAGAAAAGAUUUAUAAAGCACCACAAGAUCCUAGGAAAAUUUUAGACCUCGUAAGAUGGAUGGAUGAUGACCUUCUGGAAACAUUAACACCUACAUUAUUGAAAGAUUCUCCAAAUAGUUAUGCAUAUACAAAGUGCUUGACAGAACAAUUAGUCUCAGAAUAUAGCGAUAAAUUACCAAUAGCUAUUACUCGACCGUCUAUAGUAACUGCUGUGGCGAAAGACCCCAUUCCCGGCUGGGUAGACAACUUGAACGGCGCCACGGGAAUAAUUAUAGCAGCAGGAAAAGGAAUUUUAAGGUCCAUGCAUUGUGAUAUAUCACUAUGUGCCGAUUAUGUACCAGUUGAUAUGGCUAUUAACAGUAUUUUGACUGUCGCUUGGAAAGUUGGAAGUGAAGUGAAGAAAAGCGAACCUGAAGUUUAUCAUCUCACUGCUAAUAGGGAUAACGCCGUAAGUUGGGGAGAAGCUCUGGAAAUAUCUAAAAAGCACGUGUUUGAUUAUCCCUUCAGUGUAUGUCUUUGGUACCCAGGAGGUAGUCCAAAAUCAACUUACCUAAUGCAUGCAAUUGCCGCUUUUUUCUUCCAUGUAAUUCCAGCUUAUGUGGUUGACUUUUUGUUACAAUUAACUGGAAACAAAACAUUCAUGGUAAAUCUUCAAAAAAGACUAGACCACGGUUUAAAAGUAUUACAAUAUUACACUACAAGGCCAUGGUUUUUCCAUAAUGAUAAAUUUGCUAAUCUUUUCGACACUUUGAAUGAAAGAGACAAAGAAAUAUUUUAUUCUAAUAGAAAACCUAUAAACCACAACGAAUAUUUUCUUAAUUACGUACUGGGUGCAAGAAAAUAUUGUGUCAAAGAAGAGAUCGACACUGUUCCGCAUGCGAGGAAAGUUAUGAGAAGGUUAUAUUUUUUGGAUCUUCUAAAAGACAUUAUCCUUUAUGGAAUAAUAUUAUGGUUAUUUUAUUUAUUCGUUUUAAAAUUCUUUGAAAUAAUUGGAACUCCUCUUAAUUAAUGUGGUUUUGUAUUUAUUUUAAACAUUUUUACACUUAACUUAACAAUAAAUAUGUAAUAUAUUUAAGUCCUUUUAUUAAUCAAAUAAAUUUCCAAGAAAUGUAAAUAUAAUCCGUCCCUGUCUUCAUGGCUAAUAUUUUAUUUGAAGAUACAAUAAUCAUGAGUAAAUACUAUAUCAAUUUAGAUGUUUCCUGUGAUAUUUUUGAAGUAAUCAAUCAAGCAAACAAAAUCAUUCGAAGGGGUAAUCAUAUACCGAUAUUAUUAACAUAUUUUCAUGAGUUAAAAGAAUUGGAAAUGUCGACAAAUACUUGCUACAUUUGCAUGAUGAAAUUUUCGAUAAUUUUUUCAUCCUUAGCCUACUCCUUCGUAAAAUUUAAUUGUCAACAUACUCGUAAUCCCUCUAGAAAGCCUCUUGUACGGUGUGCACCAGCUAGGCAAUUUUUAUGCAAUUUUCUUCUUAUUUCUGUAUACAUUCUUGGAUUAUUA